UGGUAAAACCUUCGAAAGAUUCAUCUUAUCCAAAAACCAGUUGUGUUAUGGUGAUAUUACAGGAGAACGAAAAAACCAGUCUAAGCCCAGAAAACAGUUGAAUCACAUUUUGAUUUCAAAGUAACAACCUCGAAUGGUUCAGUUUUCCUAAUCAUGUCAGUCAAGGCCACGUGUUCACUUCUGCUGCUCCAGGGCUUGAUUCUGGCCAUGGCCAACACCCUUAACUACUCCAAAAGUCCCGCAGGCGAGGCUCAAUUUGCCUCGCAGCUUUUUGGCCAGUUGGCCAAGUCCCAGUCCGGCCGGAACAUCGUUCUCUCCCCAUCGUCCAUCCGGACGGGCUUGGCCCUAGCUUACCUGGGCGCCGAGGGCAGCACUGCCGACGAGUUGAAACUGGGAUUGGGCCUGGAAGGAGCUGGAAAGAGCGAGGUGGCCGAGAAAUUGGCCCAGCUGUUGGCCGUGGGACAGUGGGAGAAGGCGAGUGGUGACGAGGACGGGCCCAAAUUGAAGAAUGCCAAUCGGAUUUUCGUGGCCCAGAGAUUCAAGCUGGCCCAGGCCUAUCAGGAUUUGGUGAGCAAGAACUUCGCAGCAGCUGCAGAGAAUGUGAACUUUACCCAAAAUGCGGACACAGCCAAGCGCAUUAACUCCUGGGUGGAGGAGCAGACCCAUCAGCAAAUCAAGGACCUCAUUGCUCCGGACUCUCUGGAUGCAGAUACUUCGGCCAUUCUGGUCAAUGCCAUCUACUUCAAGGCCGACUGGCAGAGCAGCUUUCCCGACUACGCCACAUACGACAGCGAUUUCGUCAACCACGGAGGUCGGAAGGUCAGAGUGGACACCAUGUCCCAAGAGGAUUACUUCAGGUUCGGCGAACUGCCCGAGUUGAAGGCCAAGGUCGUGGAACUGCCCUACACAGGCACAGAUAUCGUAUUCCUGAUCAUCCUGCCUCAGGAGGAGCAGGGACUGGCCCACGUCGAGAAGAAACUGAUGGGCGUAGACCUCAAUGAUAUAAGCUCCCAACUGAGCAGGCGAAAGGUCCGCGUGCAGCUGCCCAAAUUCAAAUUCGAAUUCGAUGUCCCUCUGCAGGCAGCCCUGGAGGAGUUGGGCAUUAAGAAACUAUUCGCUCCUGAGGCGAACCUCAGUAGCCUUCUCCAGGAAUCGGAACCCCUACGCAUCUCGGAGGUGAAGCACAAGGCGAUCAUCGAGGUUAACGAAAAGGGAACUACGGCCAGUGGAGCAACCUUUGUCAAGGUCUCGGUGGAGUCGCUCUUGAUUGGAGAGGAAGUAUUCGAGUUCAUCGCAGAUCAUCCAUUCUUCUUUGCCAUCAAGGAUGCCCAAAACACCUUAUUCCUGGGCCACGUCAGUCAGUUGUGAGUCGGCGCCGGAAUGCCCCAGUAUGAUGUUUUGUCCGCAUCCAAUAAAUGCCAGUUCUCGAUGUCAA